UAAAAGCCUCAUGCAAUUUCUGAGGAGGAGAAAAAACGGAAAUUUAAAAACAUCCAAACUUUUGCUACUCUGAGAGAGAGAGAGAGGAGAGAGCGAGCUUUCCAACCCAAUUCAGCUGAAAUAACCGAAUUCCUUGCUUCAAUUCUCUGCAAUACUACCUGUUCUUCCUUUUAUCAGUAAAAAAGAAAAGAGAAAAUGGGCGCCACUCUCUUCUCAAGCUGUCUGUUUUCUUUAAGGCAUCACCACCAAUCUCUCUGCAGAUAUCCUCAACAAUCCAAGCAACUGCUCAACCCUCAUAUGGCUGUCAAAUCUUCUAGUGGAGUUGAUGCAGAUGCCAAAGAGAUUGAUGAAGCAUCCAAGGAACUGUUUGGAAUUUUCGGAAGAAGGCGUGCUAUAAUCUCUGGGUUUUCUUUGAUUCCUGCAGUUUUGGGUUUUCCGAGUGAUGGGUUGGCUGUCAAACAAGGCCUCUUGGCUGGAAGGAUACCAGGCUUAUCUGAUCCAGAUGAAAAAGACAGGUUGGAGGACAUACCGCAGGCCUGAUGAGAAGUCCGGAGGGCAUGGUGUCGGAUGGAGUCCAAUCAUACCGUACAUGUUUAAAGUUCCCAGAGGUUGGGAAGAGGUUCCCGUAUCAAUCGCAGAUCUUGGCGGCACGGAGAUUGAUUUGAGAUUUGCAAACUCUCAGGAAGGGCGAUUGUUUGUUAUUGUUGCACCUGUUCUCAGAUUCUCAGAUCUUGGAGGAGAUGCCAAAAUCGAAGAGAUUGGGCCACCUGAAAGAGUGAUUAAUGCGUUUGGACCGGAAGUGAUUGGAGAAAAUGUAGAAGGAAAGGUGUUGAGCAUGGACGUAUCAGAACAUUCAGGACGGAUGUACUAUCAGUUCGAGUUGGAGCCACCUCAUGUGCUAAUUACUGCAACUGCAGCUGGCAACCGGCUCUACUUAUUCAAUGUCACAGCAAGUGUUCCUGCAGGUCUUCAAUGGAAGAGGCAUUAUAAAGAUCUAAAACAGAUAGCAGACUCCUUCCGCGUCAUCUAGCAUCCAUGAAUCGAGCUUUGCCAGCUUUCCUCCAAAUUGAGAUUGAGAGGAUUCAUUAUUCUUAUAUGGAUUUCACAGAAAAUUGAUGUAUGAUGGCAUGAGUUCUGGGUGUAAUUCUAAUCACAUGCCUUUCCUAUAUGGUCUUCGAAUCAACACCAUGAAAAGCUCUUUAUAUAUACAUGGAGGCCUUUUAAAUUUAA